GCUGUCGUCCGCUUUAUUAUGUUAUAGCUGACCUGUCCGGUCUAAGCGCUGUGGCAACCGAACAAUGGCCUUAUCCAAAAGUGAAGCUUUGCCAUCGCAGCUACAGUGGAAUUCGCGUGCCCUUAUCAUGUCUGCACUGGACAUCGAGGACUUUAGAAAUAACCACCACACGUUUGUUCCACAUCGGACCCUCACAUGCAUUGCGCCUCGUGACCCCUAUACACAGUGGCUAUAUAACGGGCUGUACAGUGCACAGACUAAACAGGUCGUUUUUGCCUUUGGAUUGACCAAUUCACUGCUUCACACCGGAGAUGCUGCGGAAUUUGGCGCUGAUGUUGGUGGUGGUGUGCGGAUGCCGGGCCCUUAGCACGGUUCAGACGUUGGCGGGGGACAAGAGCUUCAGCACCCUCGUAUCCCUGGUAACGCAGGCCGGGCUCGUGGACACGCUCAAUGGAGGAACGUUCACAAUCUUCGCCCCCAACAAUGCUGCGUUUGCCGCACUUCCGGCCGCCACGUUACAGGCGGUACAGAACGACGCCGCUCUCCUCAAGAGUGUCCUACUCUACCACGUGGUGGCGAAGCGAGUACUGAGGGCAUCGUUGAACAACGAACACAAAGAGACCUCUGCGCAAGGAAAGCCCAUCAGAUUUAACGACUAUAAUCACAACCACGUCCGAACUGCCGAAGGUGUUAAAAUACUCGCAUUCGACAAGAUCUGUGAUAAUGGGGUCAUCCACACUCUCGCCGGCGUCAUGAUGCCACCAGAUGGCGACAUUGUCAACAUCGUGUCCAAUCACAACGAGACCAGCACGCUGUUGUCACUGGCUGUCGCCGCCGGCAUCGCAAGCGCACUGCAAGCGGACGGUCUAACGCUAUUUGCCCCCACCAAUGACGCGUUCGCCAAAAUCCCGGCAGCCACUGUGGCCCAACUCACCGGAAACAUCCCUCUUCUCACGGAGGUGUUGAAGUAUCACGUGAUCCCACACACUGAAUUCUCUGCGGGCCUGUGGGAUGGGCAGAUGCUGCGAACUCUGGACGGGACAUCUAUCACAGUACACGCCAGAAACGGCGUGACCUUGAACUCAGGCUCCCACGUGACUAAGGCUGAUAUCGGCGCCACCAACGGAGUAGUACAUUACAUCGACACCGUCCUCAUUCCGACACGUGUGCUUGGCAUUAUCGGAUAGAUGACGUCAUCCACCGCUUGCAAAAUUGUGUCAUUAUCAUUUUGCGCGUAAUGUUUGUUUGUUUGUCAGUUUAUAUUAUAAAAA